UCUGGCAUCACUGCUGUUAUUAUACGACCACAACAGCAUGUAUAAAUAUAAACCUAUAAACACGAAUGCGCAAUGACAAAUAAGAAAUAUUAUUUCUAUCGACAUUUUGGAUCGAGGAGAUUUAACUAUGACUUGUAAUUAAUAAUCUUACAAUUAGACUAAAUCGCGAACAUGUGAAAUACUUUUAAAUAUUAGAUAUAUAAAAUAUACCAUUUCGUUGAUGGGUUAAUUACAUUUUUAUGCUCGGUUAUGUAAUGCCAUUGGGCAAUAAUAUUACAACGCGGACGAGAAAAGUAUCAUUUGAUGUGAAAGGGAAAUCAACUAUUCGAGGUAGCAUUCCAGAGGAUAAUCAAUUUUUGACAAUAGCAGCUGCUUUGCCAAUUUUACCAGGUGCACCAAUACCUCCCAAGUUAUCAAAACGGUCUUAUAAUUCACUUAGCUCUACUGGAACUCAAUUUGAGAUUGAACAUGGAGAAACUGAAGGGUGCGAUGUGGUUACAUUACAAUGGACAAGAGAAGCAAGAACAAUUGUGGCAUCGAGAACUCCUGCCGAAAGAGAAAAGAACCCUGACAGAAUAUGUCUCGAUAGGCGAGGUUUGACAACAUUUCCUAAUGUGAUUGGGGAGCCAAAAUUGCGAUUAAUGUCCCUUCAGCAUAAUCUUUUAACUAAGAUUGAGAGCUCUAAUUUCUCUCAAUUGACAAAGCUCGUAUUUCUUGAUUUAUAUGAUAAUCAAAUUGAGAAAGUAUGCAAUCUUGCGCUUUUAGAAAAUCUAAGAGUGCUUUUAAUAGGGAAAAAUAGAAUCAGAAAAAUUGAAGGUUUAAAACAACUUUUUAAACUAGAAGUUUUAGACUUGCAUGGCAAUCAAAUCCAACAAAUAACUGGCCUAGAGGAUUUAUUAUUGUUAAAAGUACUGAAUUUAGCGGGGAAUAAUAUUAAAACCAUAGGUUGCAAUGAUUUUCAAGGCUUAAUUGCAUUGAAAGAGCUGAAUCUACGGCGGAAUAAAUUAAAAAAAUUAUUAGGAUUUGGUCAAACACCACAAUUACAGAAAUUAUAUUUGAGCAACAAUGAUAUUCAUAAAAUCGAAGAUAUGAGUAGCCUUGCAAAAGCUUUGCAAAUUAAAGAAAUAACCAUUGAUGGCAAUCCAGUAACUUUAAAUACUGAUUAUAUCUCUUUUCUUGUAUCAUAUUUGCCAAAUUUACAACUUUUAUCAACAAUGCAAAUUAGCGAACAAAUUCGGAGAACAGCGAUGGCUUGGAGAUUCUCUAAGGAGCAGUCUGAAUCAGCAUUUCUUGAUCUUAGUGCACAGGUUUGCAUGAACGUACGUAGAGAAGAAGUGAUAUCAAAUGCUAAAAUAAAUUGGGAACUUCUCAGAUCUAGAACCAAAGGUUCUCUUGAUAAUUCCAAUAAAACGGCAAGCAAUAAUACAAGCAACAAUGUUAAUGUACUACAUAUGCAAAACUCUAAUAAAUUUCAUACUGUAAAUCCAAAGAGUUUAGAUAAAGCUAAAAUAAAAGGCUUUGGUAGUCUAACAUCGAUAAACGAAAAUGUGGAAGCAAAAAAAAUACAUAUAAAAAAAAGAAGCAAUUCCAGCGAUAACUUGUUUAAAUUAGAGGAUACAUCUAAAUCAUAUCCUUUGGAAUUUAAACUUCCACCCAUAUUAGGUUCGAUAGUAGAUAGCUUAACUAGUAAUAAAUUCGAGGAUAGAUUGUCUAAGGAUGAUAAAGAAAAUAUACGUAAAACGAAAAUGCUCGGUGACAUUGGGAACACAUCGGAUAGCGAAUCGGACAGUUCAGAAAGUCACGAAAGUUUAAAAAGUGGUUUAAGAAGUCACCUGUUUACUCCAAAUAAUUGUGGCUCGUCUAUAGAUUAUGACAAAUCUACUAUUUGUAAAAAGCUCACUAUAGCAAAAGAUGUGUCUUUGGUUACUGCAGAAAAUUUCAAUGAUGAAGAUAAUGAAAAUCAUGUACAUGAUAAGACAAAUCAGAAAUCUUUUAAAUGCAAUACAAUAAAUGAAAAUAAAAAUUUAAAUAACAGAUUGGUUCAAAAUAUAAAAGUAUUUAAUAAUCAAGAUGGGCAGAGCGAUUGCCAAUCGAAAUCAACCAUAAGUUCUUCUGGAUAUUGCUCCUUAAGUUCAAAGACUAGUAGUUUAGAUAGUUGUAAGUCAUUGCUAAGCGAUUCUAGCACUUCAUCGAUUCCUAAGAAUGCAGUUCACAAAUCUCACGAAUUCGAUAAAGAUAAAAGUAGUAGAAUUAAAAGUGCUCAAGCAAAAAAAGUAGUAUAUUACAAAAGCAAUAGAGCUGCGACAGCUAGAGCGAAAUUUAGAGCCCUUGCUCCGCCGAGUCCACCACCACAACAAGUACCACCUAAAGAGAGGGAACAGGGUGGGGAUUACUUAAUAGAAAUUGUCGGUCGAUGCUUGAACAUUUAUGGUCAAGGUGCUUUACGCUUUAUAGAUAAGACUUGGGACAUGUCAAAGGCUCAGGAUGUCAAUGUUGUAAAAUUUAAUUAUGUACAAUUUAACGAUGUGGCAAAAAUUUUAAGCAAAUUAAAAAACAAAUUUCCUCACGCGGAACAUUUCAUCUUUAAAGAAACUAAUAUCAGUCUUCUUGGUCAAUUCAAUGCUUUAGCCGAGGUACAGGGAUUGACCAGUAUACAGAUAGAUACAGGCAAUCCUGUUAUAUCUAAGGAUUGGAAAAUGUAUGCUAUAUUCCGAUUAGCACAUUGGGGACUUGCAACAAUCAAUGGCAAAGAGAUUACAGCUGAAGAGAUUGAACUUGCAAAUCAGGAAUAUGCUGGUCUUAUAGAUAUAGUAAUGUGUUCACUGCCAGAUUCUUUAUUACAACCUUUAUUACAAAGACUUCAUCUAGAAAAAGUGCAAAGGCAAAACGGACAACAGAUUACUGCCAAACAAUUUCUGUUCAACUGUGACCCGGCACUUAGAAGUGUUGUUGCCAAGGAAGCGUUACAAUGGAGAAAAGGAAACGUAACACAGGAAGAUCUUAUCUGGAGACACAAAGGAAAAAUGCACUUCCUAAAUUUAAUCAAUCUUACUAUAAAUGCUAUACAAAAGUUACAGUUUCUAGAGAAGCAGUGGCCAUGUGUUUUAUAUGAAAUUAUUUAUAAUACUUUGUCCGACUUUUCUGAAAUGGAUAUAUACAUGAAACGUUGCAGCAAAACACUUGAAAACAAUAAGUAAUAUCAUGUUUGUGCCUUAAAAUAAUAUCAUAUCUAUUACGAUAUCGCGUAAUUUAUAAUUUUUGAUGGACGAUACGCAGAAUCGUUAAUGCUCAGUUUGGCCACAUCAAAGAAAUAUGGAUGCAGCAGACAAUUUUGUGUUGUUAUUGCUAUUAAUAUAUUCAAUAUAUUUGCUAGAAUUGGUAUUUAUGUAUAAAACAAUAAAUUCUAUUUAAGUAUUGUUAAAAUUUUCUUUUAUAUAUAUAGCCAAUAAAAGAAAUCUCAUUAUAA